AUGGCAAAUAAAAUACUAGAUCCAAUCUUUAGAUUAUACGAUCCGAUUCGUUAUUCGUUUAACAAGAAAAAAGAGGAUUAUAUUAUCAUCUCAGACACUGUUGGUUCUAAAUCCCAAUUGAAUGAUGGUGGUAGAAUUACCUUCGAAAUAAAUUCAUUAUCGAAUUGGUUGCUUCUUUCCGAUGCUUAUUUCAGAUGUAAUUUCAAAAUUAAAGAUGGAACUCAGAAUCAAGUUCCACAAACAAAUACGACGUUAGAAAACAAUUUCUUUCCAUCUUUAUUUAGCGAGAUGGUUUUGGAAGCUGGUUCAAAUCCGAUAGAAACAAUCAAACAUCCUGGGGAAUUCGACACAAUGUUGAAAACAGUUUUAUAUCCUAAAGAUUUCGAUUCAGUCUCGGGUUGGAUACCCGAUGUUGGUGAUGGAAGUGUUUUAAAAGAACCAGUAAGAAAUCUUGCAAAUGAUGCCGAUUUAGCUAGAGUGAGAGUUGUUGCUCGAAACACAAUAGAGAAAGUAGCACGAGAAGCUAAUCAUGGAUUUGAAAAACGAGUACUUCAGUACAAUAAUAUUGUUGAGAAUAAUAGAGUGGCAAUGAACCAAACUCAAGAUCCUUUAAUCCAUAAAGUUCAAGUAAGAUUAAACAACGAUAAUUAUCCUAACCAACCUUUAACAAUUAAUCCAACCACAAAGGAUUAUAAUGAAUUGUAUAGAAACUAUAAAAAUAUGUGUGAAUUAUUUGGAAAUCUACCUCAGUUUGAAUAUGUAGAUUUUGCACUUAAUCAUCCAAUCUUCUGUUUUGAUCUAUCAGCUCACCAAGAAGAUUUUUUCAAAACAGGAGUGAACAUAAAUAUUCAUAUUGAAAAAACACAAGGAGAUGUAACAGCGGCGGGUGCAGCUACUGGAGGAAUAUCUGCCGCAGUCAAAGCUGCCAACGCAAAGAAAGCAGCUGAUGCUAAAGCUGCUGAAGAACGCAGACAUAAUUUAGCAAUUGAAAUGGAGGCACGAGGUUCAGGAGUGGGAGAAAUGAUAGGCACAAUAAAAGAAUUUGGAAAAAGAUUUGGGGAAGAAACCAAGAAAACUGUUAAACAAGGAUUAAAUAAAUUAGUAGAUAGUAUUGACACGGGAGAAGUCAAAGUCAAACAUAAGGGUAAUGGAAUAUUUUUAAAAAAUAUACACACUGGAGAAGGAAUAUAUCUUUCAAAGUAUAAAGGAGAAGGAGUGAUUUUUGGAACAAAUUAA